UGUUCAGCAGACACUGCAGACCGAGUGAUAUUAAGGAGCUUCUCUGCACAACUAUUGGACUCAGCAGAGACACCUUGAUUAUGCUCAUGGAUCAAGAUGAUGCUAUUAUAUCCAUUGACCCAACUAUGCCAUCUAACACACCAAGCUCACCUUACAAAGUGGUUCCUCUCAGCGCUGGACAGCUUACAGAAGAAGAAGACUUACUGCAGAAUGUUCUGACCCAAGUGGCUGACCAGUUUUCAAGAAUUUUUAAAGUCAAUGACCUGAAAACUGAGAUCUCAAGCAGGUUGGCGGCUUUGGAGAAGAGAGUUGAACUGGAAGGAUUAAAGGUGGUGGAGAUAGAGAAAUGUAAGAAUGAUUUGAAGAUACUUAAAGAUGAACUGUCCUUGGGAAACAGGUCAAACACACCUAGCAAACACACCAUCAUGGAAGACCCAAGGAAGCUGACCCCACAACGUGAUUUACCCAAGUAUCCUAAGUAUACACUGUCCCAGGAGACCAUCGACGCACUGAAGAAGCCAACGUUUGAUGUGUGGCACUGGGAGUACAAUGAGAUGCUCAGUUGCCUUGAGUACAUGUUCCAUGACCUUGGACUGGUGGAAGAGUUUAACAUGAACCCCAUCAUACUGAAACGUUGGCUGCUCAGCAUUCAGGAGAACUACAGAAACAACCCAUUCCACAACUUCCGACACUGCUUCUGUGUGACUCAGAUGAUGUACGGUAUGAUCCAUCUGUGUGAGUUACAGGAGAGAGUGACUCCAACAGAUCUGGUGAUUUUAAUGACUGGAGCUAUUUGUCAUGAUCUGGAUCACCCUGGCUACAACAAUGCGUAUCAGAUCAAUGCCCGCACUGACCUUGCUGUCCGAUACAAUGACAUUUCCCCACUGGAGAAUCAUCACUGUGCUGUCGCCUUCCAGAUUCUUUCCCAGCCCGAAUGUAACAUCUUCGCCAAUGUGAAUCUGGAUGUCUUUAAACAGAUCAGACAGGGAAUUAUUACACUUAUUCUAGCAACUGACAUGGCUCGACACGGAGAGAUACUGGAUAAGUUCAAGCCAAAGGUUGAAAGUUUUGAUUUCUCGAAUGAAGAACAUAAAAUCAGUCUGAAAAUGCUCCUUAUUAAAUGCUGCGAUAUUUCCAAUGAAGUGCGGCCAACAGAGGUGGCAGACCCUUGGGUUGACUGCUUGCUUGAAGAGUACUUCACACAGAGUGACAGAGAGAAAUCUGAAGGUCUCCCAGUUGCCCCAUUCAUGGAUCGGGAUAAGGUCACCAAGCCCACAGCCCAGAUUGGUUUCAUCAAGUUUGUCCUCAUACCAACAUUUGAAACGCUAAUGAAGUUAUUCCCACAGAUUGAAGAAGCUACAGUACAGCCACUGCGAGAUUCCAGGGAUCGUUACGAGGAGCUGAAGCAGAUUGAUGAUGUUAUGAACGAGUUGCGGAAGAAAACUGAAAAUAUUCCCCUUGGAUGGAAGAAGAACUAAAUUUCAUAGUGUACAACCCACAAAUACGGCUUUGGACCCACAGCUUUUGACUUGAAGAAAACGUUGGCUGCCAAUGGUGUAUAAUCUAUCAUGUGGAGUGAAGUUAUGUCAAUCUGCCCUUAACCUCCAUGGACAAUGCAUCAGAGUCUGAUCUCAAGUUGUUUCAGCAAACAGCAUCUAUGUUUUCACUGUUUGAAGCACGUAAUUACUUUUGCACUGUACAUUUUAGAGCCCUCAUAUCUUUUUAACUGUGCUGACUCGUCAGAUUGUGUUGCUCAAAUUUUUGCUCUCUUUUUUAACACUGGAAACACAUAGUGGAAGAAUUCAAACAACUUUUCCACAAGUUAAAUAUUCAUAACAAAUAGUCCCUUGCCUGGUACUAUCUGGUCUUGAAUCUAUCUGGUCCAGUCCCUUUCCCCAAAUCUAACAUACAACAACAGUUAUUCAAACUCCAAAAGAAGACACUGAGUGCUGGAGUAACUCAGCGGGACAGGUAGCAUCUCAGGAGAACAUGGAUAGGCAAUGGUUGGGUCAGGGCCCUUCUUCAACUUUAGAGAUGGUCUAAGACACAAAAUGCUGCAGUAACUCAGCGGGUAUGGCGGCAUCCCUGGAGAACACGGAUGGGGGACGUUUCGGGACGGGACCCUUCUUCAGUCUGAUUAGGAUUCAGACUCCAGGGAUAAUCUGUUUGACAACACCAUUAAAUGUUUGCAAUGUCUUUCUCAUUUCUGAGAGAGACAGAAUCACUUGAUAGCUUUAAACACAGCAAGCAAAGAGCCCAUUUUCUCUACCACCUGCAUUGAAAACAUAGCACAGUGAAACUAGCUGCUCAACUUCUAAAUAUUACAUUCAUUAAUACACUCCCUAAACCAAUACUUAAUUUAUUGAUAGUUCUUGCAAUUCAAAGAUUUUUGAGUCGAUCGGUACAGAUGGAAUUAAUGUUGAUAUAUUUACAGUAGAUUUGUUUUGAUCUUAGAUAUGACAGGCAUUUGUUCCCACGACAUUGUUGUAGAA